AUACAGGUUACAAAAAUGUCAGCAAAACUGAUGUACGCCAGAGUUGGAUUAAGCAUCCAAAGAGUGCGCCACCUUGUCAAACUAAGACGAUGGAAGAACUUUUUCCUGCACCUGACAGGUUUAUAAAUUACAGCAAUGCAUUGGAUACUAUCCCCCGAGUUGCCUGUGCCCACACUUGCAGUGCCUCUAGUUGAAGACCUCAUCUCUAGCCAGGAAUUUAUUUCUGCAGAGAAUCCAAUCGCUUGGAUGAAGCAAAAAUUAAUGAUAAAUGAGCAAGAAAUCCAACAGAUUGCCUGUCUUACCACUGGUCAAAAGGAAAAUUGCAUGUGGUCAUCUGUUAGGAAGAAUAGAUUAACAGCUUCAAACUUUGGUUGUGUUUUGGCAGCGAUCAAGAGAAAUAGAUAUCCUGUCUCCUUAUACAAAAGAUUAUGCUCAGCUUAUGAUCUGUCAAAGAAGGAUGCCAUUAUUUGGGGGACGUGCAAUGAAAAAGUCGCAAUUGAAAAGUAUAGAACUUUUGGGGAUGCAGUUGUAGAGCCAACAGGUAUCUGGCUACACUGUAAUGGGGUUCUUGGGUCAAGCCCCGAUGGACUCAUUCGUCAUCCUGCUGCAUUUGGAUUCAGCUAUCAGAAUCCAGGACUCGCUGACAUAUUAGAGAUGUCAAACGUUAAGCCAGAAAUACUGGAGGUGAAAUGCCCCUUUUCAGCAAAGAAUAUGACAAUUCCAGAAGCUAUUGAAAAAGUACAUGAUUUCUGCCUAGAGGUUCAGGAUUUUAAUGGAGUCAAGUCCUUCAAGCUAUGAGAGAACCACCAAUACUAUGAUCAAGUGCAAGGACAGCUUCAUAUAACUGGGAAAUCCUUGUGUGAUUUUAUGGUCUGGACACCAAAAGACUGCGAUUGUGAGAAUUAACAAAGACAUCAAUUGGGAGAUCAACAUAUCUGUUUUGACGGACUUUUAUUUCUGUAAAUUUCUCCCGUAUUUACAACAGCUAUAAGAUAUAACAUUAAACAUGGUGAAAAAAUUUUAAUUUUAAUAUCUUAGUUAUCUACACUUGCAAAAUUCUGAGCAAUUUCCUGCAUAAGGGGAUCCUGAAAAUUGACUAAAACACAGCAUAAUUGAAAGACUUUUGU